CUUCUGACUGGCGGGUAAACACGAGCAAACGAGGAAGUUGGUCGAGUCGUUUAAGAAGUUAAAAGUUACUCCGCGACUUUCUUACACUCUUUUUUAGUAUUUCGUUAACGUCGCAUGAUUAUGUCAACCUGACGUAGCGUCUGCGAUCAAGCUACAGCUACAGCCCACAUGCAAGUGGCAGUAUUUGGAGCGCUCACAACAAACAGCAAGCUAACGCUAGCCAGAUAACCACGCGCGUGGACACGAGUUGACCAAAACCUUGUUUAAAGCUCACAAUUGACUAUUAAGCAACUUAAUUUCACCUUAAAUGAUAUCUCAAACCUAUAGUUGCGAACGAAGUAUACUUGCCCACACGCCAGUGUGCUUUCGAGAAUGUCAUCGCCUCCAUGCGGCGUCCGCAGACAUGACGGCUGUACGAGCAGCGACGUCGAGCCUCAGAUCUCCCUCAGUCAGUUCUACCCAUACAUCCGAUGUGCCCUAUGCUUUGGCUUCCUUAUUGAUGCCACCACUGUAACAGAGUGCUUACACACCUUUUGUAAAAGUUGCAUCGUGAAGCAUUUUUUCUCCACCAACAGGUGUCCAACAUGUGAAAUUGUAGUCCACGAAACACAACCGCUUUACAAUAUCAGGCUCGACAGACAACUCCAGGAUCUUGUUUACAAAAUGGUUCCUUUUCUGGAGGCAUCUGAAAAAGAACAAAUGUGUAACUUCUACAAAAAAAGAGGGAUGGACAUACCCAAAUCAGUGAUAUUUUCCUGUGCAGCACCCUCUGGGUUGAAAAGGCAAAAGAAGGAUUGCGUCACUCAGUCUGUGUUCAACAUUCCUCCUGAGCUGGAUGUGUCUCUGCUGCUGGAGUUUGUAGGUGCUGAAGAGGGGAUCGCCAGCUACAAGCCCCUAGACAGGCGAUACGUGCGUGUGUCAGGUGGAGCCACUAUUCGGCAUGUGGAGCUGUUCAUCAGGAGGAAGAUGGAACUUGGCCCAACCUGUCAGGUAGAUAUGGUUUGUGGAGAUCAUCUACUGGAUCCCUAUCAGGCACUGAACGAUGUACAGAGGUCUGUGGGAGCAGAGGCACUGCAGGAUGGCCUGCUGGUGCUGCACUUUGGCUUAGUCCUGCCCAAUCAGUGUUAAAUGCAAAUGUUGGAUUUGUUGACCGUAUCACACACUUGUGGGAAUUAGCAAUUUCCCAUCUGUGUCAUCCUAAGUAUCUUAUAGUGGGGUCCUCAGAAAGGCUUGAAAGCAUUGGUUAUUGUGUUAACUUUAAAUUCACUCACUAAAUAUUGACUGUGAACCAUUCUUUGAAUAUGUCGAGUAUGGGAAAAGCUUUAUUUUCAUGUCUAUUGUGCUUGUUGGACACAGCUUACUAUAUGUUUGUGUACUUUGCAAUACAGGGAUAAAUACUUAUGUAUUUAAUAGUCAAGGUAAGGGCUUUGCACAAGGAGAAUUACUGCCAAAUAUUUGUGAUGUCAAUGUACAUUCUUUAGAUUUACCUAAUUGAACUUUUGUAUUCGAUACACUGACAGUAGCAUUUUCUAGCUGCUGAAUUGAGGUUUGUACAUUUACAUUGGUAUAUUAUUACAGUAAGUUUGAUACAAUUUGUCUUUUUAAAUAAAUUUUAA